AUGAGCGGAAUGAUACGACUUCCAACGGUGCUAGCCAAGAACGCGCUUUCCGCGGUUCGAGGCCUGACUGCUGGUACGUCACAACGCAACUUGCAUUUCACCGUUGGACAGAAUACUGCCAAAUCGAACCCAGAUGCCAUUUCGCGAGAAUAUCCUGUCGUUGAUCAUACCUACGAUGCGGUGGUGGUUGGUGCUGGCGGAGCUGGUCUCCGUGCCGCAUUUGGGCUGGUAGCGGAAGGGUUUAAGACGGCCGUGAUCACAAAGCUGUUCCCCACGCGUUCUCACACCGUGGCCGCACAGGGUGGUAUCAAUGCCGCACUGGGAAACAUGGAAGAAGACGACUGGAAAUGGCACAUGUAUGAUACGGUGAAGGGUUCUGAUUGGUUGGGCGAUCAGGACGCUAUUCACUAUAUGACCCGCGAAGCACCAAAGGCUGUUAUCGAGCUAGAGAACUACGGAAUGCCGUUCUCCCGGACGCCCGAUGGUAAGAUCUAUCAACGUGCGUUUGGUGGGCAGAGUUUGAAGUAUGGCAAAGGAGGCCAGGCGCAUCGCUGCUGUUGCGUGGCGGAUCGUACCGGACAUUCGCUGCUGCACACACUAUACGGUCAGUCAUUAAGCUACGACUGCAACUAUUUCAUCGAAUAUUUUGCUAUGGAUUUGCUGAUGCAAAAUGGGGAGUGUGUCGGUGUGAUUGCGAUGAACCUGGAGGACGGUAGCAUCCAUCGUUUCCGGGCGAAGAACACAGUGCUGGCCACGGGUGGUUACGGGCGUGCGUACUUCUCUUGCACCUCGGCACACACCUGCACCGGAGACGGAACGGCAAUGGUUGCACGAGCCGGCCUACCGUCGGAAGAUUUGGAGUUUGUGCAGUUCCAUCCGACCGGUAUCUACGGUGCCGGUUGUCUGAUUACGGAAGGAUGCCGCGGAGAGGGUGGCUAUCUAAUAAAUUCACAGGGCGAACGGUUCAUGGAGCGCUACGCACCGGUUGCGAAGGAUUUGGCAUCGCGUGACGUCGUGUCACGUUCGAUGACGAUUGAAAUUCGCGAAGGCCGCGGAUGUGGCCCAGAGAAGGAUCACGUUUAUCUGCAGCUGCACCAUCUGCCCCCAGAGCAGCUGGCUCAGCGGCUUCCCGGUAUUUCCGAGACGGCGAUGAUUUUCGCUGGUGUUGAUGUAACCCGUGAACCCAUUCCCGUGCUGCCGACCGUGCAUUAUAAUAUGGGUGGCGUGCCGACAAAUUAUAAGGGCCAGGUGCUGACCACAGAGAAUGGUGCUGAUCGCAUCGUGCCAGGACUGUACGCUUGCGGUGAAUCCGCAUGUUCUUCGGUGCAUGGUGCUAAUCGUCUCGGUGCUAAUUCGCUGUUGGAUCUGGUGGUGUUUGGUCGUGCUUGCGCUAAAACGAUCGCCCAGGAAAAUCGCCCAGGCGAGAAGGUUCAGGAACUGAAACCAAAUGCAGGCGAAGCAUCGGUGUCCAAUUUGGAUUGGGUGCGUAACGCAGAUGGGCAGCUGCCGACCUCGACACUGCGUUUGAAUAUGCAAAAGACCAUGCAAACACAUGCUGCCGUUUUCCGUGAGGAGAAAACGCUACAAGAAGGUGUGCGUAAGAUGAGCGACAUCUACAAAACCAUCAAGGAUGUGAAAGUAUCGGAUCGCUCGCUUGUGUGGAACUCGGAUCUAGUGGAAACGUUGGAGCUGCAAAAUUUGUUGCUGAACGCCAACAUGACAAUUGUAGCCGCUGAAAACCGUAAAGAAUCCCGAGGUGCUCACGCCCGUGAAGAUUAUAAGCAGCGUAUCGAUGAAUAUGACUUCAGCAAACCUCUUGAAGGACAGCAGAAGAAACCAGUGGAAGAACAUUGGCGCAAGCACACGCUGACGUGGAUCGAUCCAGCCACCGGUAACGUCACCAUCGAUUACCGUCCGGUCAUUGACGAAACGCUCAGCGAGGAGUGUGCCACCGUACCGCCAGCCAUUAGGUCCUACUAA